AUGCCUCAGAAAACGCUCAACCUUGUCUUUGACUUCGAUGGAACAAUCACCACAAAGGACACAAUCGGUACCUUGGCACAGAUUGCCUUGCGAUUCCAGAAUGAACGCGGCAUCGACCUAUCCUCCGCAUGGCAGCAGAUACUCAAAGACUACAGUCAAGAUCACAAACACCAUGUUUCCACAUAUAAACCUGUCGCAAACGACCGCCUCUCUCUCCGAGAAGAGCUCACCUAUCUGCGGGGCCUGAGUGAAGUUGAUCUGCGAUCUGUUAAGCGUGUGGAGCAAUCAGGGUUAUUUCGGGGUAUCAGAAGAGCAGACCUUAUGAAAGCUGGGGAUGUCGCACGAACGGAAGGGACCGUGAAGCUACGUGAUGGGUUUGCGGAUCUUAUGGCCGUGGCCAAAGACAAUGGAUGGACCGUCUCGGUGGUUUCUGUCAACUGGUCAAGGUCCUUCAUCAGCGGCGUCUUGUCGGACUACAGUUUCGAUAUUGUUGCCAAUGAAAUCGAGAUGGAUGGAAGUAUAUCUGGGCCAGACGUGCUUGGGCCACCGUCGCGAGAGACUACAUUAAUGACUUGCGAGGAUAAGCUGCGCGCUUUGCGUGCCUUGGCUACUCGUCAGGGAGUGAAGAAUGCCGAGGCCUUAGUCUACUUUGGCGACUCUACAACGGACAUAGAGUGUUUGCUGGAGGCCCGUGGCGUCGUAAUAUCGUCGGGGCCGGACUCAAGCUUGAUGACAACUCUGCGGAGGGUAGGAUACGAGGUACCGCAGGUUGAUGAACACCGUCCCUCGAGUGGUAUUGCAUGGGCCUCGACGUUUGUGGAAGUUAACGAGUGGCUUUCUCACUUCGAGGAUUGA